UCUCCUAUUCCUUCCCUCCAUAAACUCAUCAAGUCUCAUCUCAACAUGGAUCCGUGCCACUACGUGCGGCUCCUCGUUGGAAACUUGGCCCUGAAAUCACCGGCGUCAUCCAAGCCCUCCUUCUCCGGCAAGGUGCACCCUUCCACUUCGUCGUGCUUCUGCGAGAUCAAGCUCAGGGGAGCAGGUUCACAGCGAUCCCACGCGGCCACAGUUCCUAUAACCUCGGACACGCACCCUACUCCGCACUCCAUGGCCGCAUGCUUCGACUUCACCAAACCCCACAUUGAGAAGCUCCUGAGUUCCAAGAAGCCCACCACCAUCACCAUCUCCCUCUACAAGGGCCGCGCAGACACUUCCUUCUCCUUCUUCUCCUCACCCAAACUCCUCGGCAAAAUCUCAGUUCCCAUCGAUUUCACCAUGCUAGACUCAAAACCCGUCACGUUCCACACCGGCUGGGUUAACCUCGCCAAAGCAGACAACAAAUCCUCCUCCGCCCAGUCACUGCACCUAACAGUCCGGGCUGAGCCCGACCCGAGGUUUGUGUUCCGGUUCGACGGCGAACCGGAGUGCAGCCCGCAGGUUUUUCAAGUAAAAGGCGAUGUGAAGCAACCGGUUUUCAGUUGCAAGUUCAGCUUUCGGGACAAGAAUCAGGGACAGUUCCAAUCUUCUUCGGCUAAUGCGAAUCACAUGGCGGAGCGGAAGGGAUGGUCCAUCACAGUCCACGAUUUGUCGGGUUCGCCAGUCGCCGCGGCCUCCAUGGUCACGCCCUUCGUUCCCUCACCCGGGUCGCACCGGGUCAGCCGAUCCAACCCGGGAGCAUGGCUCAUAAUCCGACCCGAGGGGGACGGCACCUGGAAGCCUUGGGGUCGUCUGGAGGCCUGGCGGGAACCCAACAGCUCCAACGCCGUAGGGUACCGAUUCGAGGUGCUUCCGGCUACCGCCGAUCCCGUGACCCUGGCCGCCGCUACUAUCAGCUCCCAGCAUGGCGGGAAGUUCACCAUCGACAUUGCUACCGGCGUGACCCCUGUGAGCACUCCACAUGGGAGCUGGGAUUUGGGGUCCCGGUCUCGACCCGGAUCAGGAUCGGGUGUGGAUUUCGGGUUGGACCCGAUGUUGAUGUAUAAGGGGUUUGUGAUGUCGGCGAGGGUGGACGGUGAGGGGAAGUGCAGCAAGCCGGAGGUGGAGGUUGGGGUGAAGCAUGUGACUUGCACGGAGGAUGCUGCGGCUUUUGUUGCUCUUGCGGCGGCGAUGGACUUGAGCAUGGACGCUUGCAAAUUGUUUUCUCAGAAGCUCCGAAAGGAGUUGAGGCAGUAGAACUAAAAACAUAGUGUGUAUUUUUUGUCGUAUUCUGAGUGCCGUUUCUGUCGGUUCAGCUAACACUAUUCUAAUAUUCUUGGCGCUGGAUCAAAUUCAGCACUAACCCUCCUUUUGUUUUUUUACGGUUUUCGAUGAGAACUAUGUACAGUUGGGAGAUUGGAAGUAUCAGUUUAGUAUUAUUUUUGUUUAUUCUUUUA